ACCAUGGGGAUCUCAGAACUUGUUAUACCAUCUCCCUUCAUCUGCCUUGUACUUAACUAGCUCAUUCUCUCUGGUCUUGGUCUAUAGCUACCUAUACAAAACCCCUUAGAGUUUCUUUGCUUAAUUCUUCAGUGAUCAUGAGUAAAUUUGAGGCCAUGCACAAAUAUUUCUUCUUUUUUGUUGCACUAGUUGCAUGCCAUUCCCUUGUAGCACAUGGGAGGAAAAUAAAGGCAUUGAACCAACAUGUAGCCAAGCCUCACCUUCCAUCACUUAAAACCAGCUUUGAAUCACGAAACUAUAAUGAAGGUGUUAGUUUGGGAGAUUCAGGUGAAGGCAACACAAACGCUUUUCGACCCACUACACCAGGAGGUAGUCCUGGUGUUGGCCACAGAAUAGUUACAUCACAACAUAACAACGUGAAAAAAAUGGAGGUGGUUCAGAGUCCACAUGUUGAAGUUUUGGUUACUGAGGGCUCCAAAGAUGAUUUCAAGCCAACAGAUCCAGGUCACAGCCCUGGCGUUGGACAUUCUUACACAAACAAAAUUGGACAGGCAAAUUAAAUUAUCAAUGUUACGUACCAAAACUAGUCCAUUGGCAUGUGUACAUAUAAUAAUGUCUUUCCUUUUGCUUUUCCUUCUGCACUAAACACUGUAUAUACUAUUGCAUGCCUAGCCAUACGUAUGAUGAGCAUGGCUUUAAUUUGUUAUUGCUUCGGAUCAGUACGCAGCUCUUUAAUUGCAGGGUUUACUAUGUAAUUCAAAUUGCAAAAUAAAUAAACAUGUCUCAUAUUUUCCUUCA